CCAGUUUUCGCCUCCUUUCGGAACCGAGAAUCAGUACUUGGGCCUGGAAGGUCCAGCUCCUGUGGAGGAAGAGUCGGGGCACCCAGCUCCAUCUCUGGCGGAAGAAGAGGCGGAGGAUUCGGGCAGCCGCGGCUUGAAAGCAGCGAAAUCAGCUGCGCGGCGGCUUCUGGAAGACUUAGUCCGGGAGCAAGAGAGGCAAGACAUGCUGGCGCCACCGCCGGCACCACACAUGCCAUACAGCGCUCUGGAAGGCGUGCGGAUGGGCUUCUUGAAUCCGGAGCCGUCGGGUCCUCCAAUGAUACCGCCGGCACCGCCUCCCGUGCAUCGAGAUCGAUUUCAACCAUACCCGCCUAUGUGGAUUAUGCCGUUCCCGGCUCCUGUGGCGCACCCGGCUCCGAUGGUAUUUCCGCCUCCUGUGGCACGCCCGACACAGAUGAUGCCAAAGCCGGCUCCCACGAUGGCCAGAUGGAUCGCUCGGGACACACCGGUUCCCACAGAGGCGCCGAAGCCAGUUCCCACAGGGGCACCGAAGGCGGUUUCCACAGGGGUGCCAGCAGCAGUGGUUCCUACGACGGCACCGCCGCCCUCUCCGACCACGGCGCCGCUGCCUUCCCCAAAGACGGCGCCACCGUCUGUUACAGCCACGGUGCCAAAGCCCUCGACGUCGAUGACUCCAGCGGCACCGCACGAG